AUAUGAUUCUUAUAGCAGCCCCAACGACCAAACACUUGACUUUCUGAACGGACUCUCUCCCUUCCUCGUCCUCGUGGAUCUGUUAGCUUUUAGAUUUGGGCAUCAUAAAAAAUCCAGGAUACUGAGUGUUUCAAAUUUCUUCUUACAGUUUGUGGUUAAUAAGCGGGAACUUGCAGAUUGCACAAAUUGAAGACAAUGGAAUAUGGAACAGAAGAUUAAAAUGAGGUCAAUUGCAAGAUUUCAUUAGUGAUAAUGGACAUUAGCUGUCGUGCAAUUAGAAUUUGUCUUGAAAAGGUUCUUCAACUGCCAUUGCAAUGUCUUCUAGCAAGAAUUCCAACAAUGAUGGGGUUCAGAAUGAAGGCUAUGAUUUUGUGAAAAGGCAUAGUUUUGAAAUGCAUCUUGCUCAAAGGAAGCAGAAAAAUGACAAUUUCAAUUAUUUUCUACGUCAAGAUCAAGAGGCUAUGGUAUUGGAACUUUAUUUGCGAGCUACAACACAGAAAGAGGAGAUCCAGAAUCUCCGUGAACAAAUUUCUAUUGCCUGUGUGAAGGAGUUGCAGUUGUUAAACGAGAAGUAUACAUUGGAGAGGAAAUUCUCAGAGUUAAGGAUGGCAAUUGAUGAAAGGAAGAAUGAAGCUAUUACUUCAGCCUUGAAUGAAUUGGCACUAAGGAAAGGAGAUCUUGAAGAAAAUUUAAAAUUAGUUCAUGAUCUAAAGGUUGCUGAGGAUGAGAGAUAUGUUUUCAUGUCAUCAAUGCUUGGACUUUUGGCAGAAUAUGGUCUUGGGCCUCAUGUAACAUCUGCCGCUUCUAUAUCCAACACUGUAAAGCACCUACAUGAUCAAUUGCAAUGGAAGAUUAGAAGUUCUUAUGAUAGAACCAGAGAGUUGACAGUAGUUGCAGGAACUCAUGUUGCACCUGGAUCACUUGAUAUGCAUGGCUUUUCUCCUUAUAAUCCCUACGCAAAUAUACGUAAUGAAUCAACUGACAAUAUGCCAAGACACUAUAAUGACAACGGUCUUGCAGAAAUCAAAAAGUUGAUGCUCAAUAAUCAGAUGCAGCAGCCAUUCAAUAACUAUAAUUCCAACCGACAAGGUGUCAACAUUAUUCCUAGUAGUACAUUAGAUAAAGUCGUUCAGGAAAAGAGUCCAGGAGAGAUGGCAGAUAAUGUCUUGUUUCAUCCCCACAGUGCAAAUGAUGAGAUUGCUUCCUCUGUUUCGGAAGAGGGUCCUGGAAUUGAGGGCUUUCAAAUUAUUGGUGAAGCCAUACCUGGAGAAAAACUUCUUGGAUGUGGAUAUCCUGUACGGGGAACGACUCUGUGUAUGUUUCAGUGGGUUCGUCAUCUUCAGGAUGGCACGAGGCAGUACAUUGAGGGAGCCACAAAUCCAGAAUAUGUUGUCACAGCUGAUGAUGUUGAUAAACUGAUUGCUGUUGAAUGCAUACCGAUGGAUGAUCAAGGCCGUCAGGGGGAAAUUGUGAGGCUUUUUGCUAAUGAUCAGAACAAAAUAACUUGUGACCUUGAUAUGCAGAGAGAGAUCGACACACAUAUCUCUCAAGGUCAAGCUGCAUUUAGUGUUCUACGGCUGAUGGAUUCUUCGGAGAAUUGGGAGCCAGCAAUACUAAUCUUAGGACGAUCAAGUUACCAAGUAAGGAUAAAUACCACAGAAGCUGUGGUUAUUGAAGAGAAAUUUUCGAAGGAUUUAUCGAUCAAGAUACCUUGUGGACUCUCAACACAAUUUGUUUUAACAUGCUCUGAUGGUUCUUCACAUCCUUUCAGCACAUACAAUGUUCGAAUACGUGAUUCUCUUGUGCUUUCCAUGAGGAUGUUCCAAGCCAAGGCGUUGGACAACAAGAGAAAAGGAAGAGCGUAGCAUACGCCCCGUUUCUUCAGGUUUAGUAGAUAUAAUCAUUAUUUAUUCAUCUUAUAAAAUAAAUGAAAAACACAAGAAUUGCAUAUUAUGUUGAAUUUAGUAAUAGGAAGCAUUCAUUUUCAUUUCUCAUUUUGUUUGUAAUAUUGAUUUACACGAAUAUGUAACAUGUAGAUAACAAUUGGUACAUAUUGUAACAAUAAGUUAUACCAAAUUUUUCUUUCAAAAACAUUAUCAAA